AUGGCUAAUCUACCAACCCAACAAACUCCUUAUAACCGUCCUCCAUCCCCAAAUUUUCGUCCAAUGCAGAAUAAUGAUCCCAGUCAACCAGUACAAAGAGGACCUUCUCCUUAUCGUCCACAUCCUCCUGUUCCUGGUGGGGUUUCUCCAAAUCAAAGACCUGUUACAGAUCCUCGUUACAGCAAUCAACCAUUAUCACCUUUUGGGCGCCCUUAUACACCUCUCGGUCCUCCCGGUCUACCUAACCCUCAAACGCGACCGCCUCCACCAGGGGUUAGUCCUUCGCCACCAUUACCUACUGGUUUUCGUCCAUCGAGUAAUAUUCCCCAUUCUGGCGUUUCUCCGGCUGGCUUUCCACCAGGAAUAAGGCCUUCAGUAUCACCAAGUUAUAGGCCUGGACAAAUACAACAGGGACGUCCACCUUCUUAUCCAGUUCAGCAGACUACAAGUGCUAACUAUCAAAUAAUGCAGUCGAAUUCUCCACCUCCAGUCGAGAGUCCAGUGUCGCCAACUGGAACAUCGCCACCGAUUGGGGCACAUAAACCGAAGCGUUUAUAUCCUAAACAAAUCAAUGAAGCUUAUACGGAAACCUCAUAUGAACAGUAUCCUACAUUUACACCAGCUGUAACUGCUGGGAUAACUGGUUCGCAACAAUUACAACCUUCAAUUCAACAACAACCAUCUCAAUUCUUUACCCCCGCAGGAGAUCAAAAUUAUGCAUCCACGACGGCAGCACCUACACAAUAUGGUCAACAAUUUUCGCAGCCACAACAACCUUCAUCAAUGGCUGGGAUGACGAAUCAGUUCAGUAAUAUGGGUCUUGGAGGACCUUCUCAGUCACAAUUAGUUCCAACUCAUCUUAUUGGUAUACCACCAAAUAUCAUGGAUCUGGAUGCUCCACCACCUACAAUUAAUUUGCCACUUAAUACGUCUGUAACUCCUUCGGACAAAGCGAAUUGUGAUCCAUCCUACAAACGAUCAACUCUCAAUACCAUUCCCGCCACAUCUUCACUUCUAUCUAAAUCUCGUCUUCCCCUUGGUUUGGUUAUUACUCCAUAUAGAAGUUUGAAAGAGGGCGACGAUCCAGUUCCAGUUGUCACGGAUACUGUCAUAGCAAGAUGUCGUAGAUGUAGGACUUAUAUUAAUCCGUUCGUGACCUUUGCAGAAGGUGGACAAAAAUGGAAAUGUAACAUGUGUUUUCUGUUAAAUGAAGUUCCACAACAAUUUGAUUGGGAUAUACAGACAAAUAAACAGGCUGACAGAUGGAAACGUGCUGAAUUAAAUCAUGCUGUUGUCGAAUUUGUGGCGCCAACUGAGUAUAUGGUACGUCCACCUCAACCUCCAGUGUAUUUAUUUGUUAUAGAUGUUUCAUAUCCUGCAGUACAAUCCGGUGUCGUUGCAACGGCCGCUAGAACCAUCCUGGAAUCGUUAGAUCGAAUACCUAAUGAAGAAAACCGCACCAAAAUUGGUUUCAUUACAGUGGACACUUCGCUACACUUUUAUAGCCUUAAUUCUAAUGCAUCGGUACCACAAAUGCUUGUUGUGUCCGAUAUUGAAGAUGUAUUUCUUCCACAACCUGAUGAUUUAUUGGUAAAUUUGACGGAAGCUCGGACAGUCGUUGAAUCUUUGCUUGGAAGUCUUGGCGAUAUGUUCAAGGAUACUCAAACCGUUGGCAAUGCUUUAGGUUCUGCUCUUUUGGCUGGCUUCAAAUUAAUUUCCCCAAUUGGAGGAAAGAUUGUAGUAUUGCAAUCAAGUUUACCAAAUAUUAAUCCCGGAUCUCUAAAAGCGCGUGAUGAUCCUAAGAUGUUGGGUACUCCUAAAGAAUCUUCUUUAUUACAAUCUGCGGAUCCUUUUUAUAAAAAAUUUGCAGUUGACUGUUCCCGUUCUCAAGUCUGUGUGGAUAUGUUUUUACUUGGCUCGCAAUAUUCAGAUGUAGCUACACUAGGCUGCUGUCCGCGAUACACGGGGGGACAAACAUAUUUUUAUCCAGCAUUCAAUGCAGGAAGAUCAGAAGAUGCACUUAAAUUCGCACAUGAAUUUGCAGAAUUUUUGGCGAGUCCUAUUGCAUUAGAAGCUGUUAUGAGAGUACGAGCUUCGAAAGGCAUACGUAUGUCUGCUUUUCAUGGCAAUUUUUUCGUUCGUCAAACGGAUCUUCUGGCUUUACCUAAUGUCUCGAGGGAUCACUCGUAUACAAUUGAAGUGGAUAUUGAGGAAAAUAUUACAACCCAAACAGUAUGCUUCCAAACUGCUCUUUUACACACAACUUGUUUUGGUGAACGUAGAAUUCGGGUGCUUACACUUGCGUUACCGGUAACCAAUAGCAUUAGUGAAUUGUUUGCUUCUGCUGAUCAAGUUGCGAUAACUACAUUAUUAGCAAAUAAAGCUGUUGAACGAUCGUUAUCCUCAAAACUAGAGGAUGCUCGAGACGCAUUAACUAACAAGAUGAUUGAUAUUCUUGGUGUAUACAAGUCGGCCCUCACAAGUUCCCAAUCUGGAGCUUCACCUCAAUUACAAAUUUGUAAUAAUCUUAAAUUAUUACCCCUGCUAUCACUUGGACUGCUAAAACAUGUUGGUCUUCGUGCAAGUUCGCAAAUUCCAACAGAUUUGCGUUCAUACGCGAUGUGUUUAUUGACAACGAUGCCUUCUCAGCUAUUAAUUCCUUAUUUGCAUCCACGAUUUUAUUCACUGCAUAAUAUGUCACAAGAAGCUGGAACGUAUGGAACUGAGGGUAUAAUAAUGCCUAGGCCGUUUAACUUGAGUAGUGAAAAAUUAGAACGGCAUGGUGCAUAUUUAUUAGAGGAUAGUCAAAAUAUAUUCAUUUGGAUUGGCAAACAAGUGUCGCCUCAAUUAUGUAUGGAUUUAUUAGAUGUUCGUUCAUAUGAAGAAAUUCGUGCUGGAAAGGUUACUCUACCACAGCUUGAUAAUGUAUUUUCACAACGAGUGAAUGCAAUAAUUGGUAAAACUAGGGAGAUGCGUCGUGGUGUUUAUUAUCCUCACCUUUAUAUAAUCAAGGAAGAUGGUGAUCCAUCAUUACGGUUGUGGUUUUUAUCACAUAUUAUUGAAGACCGCACAGACACUGUUAUGAGCUAUCCCCAAUGGUUAGCUCAUUUGAAAGAUAAGAUGGUGGAACAAGUUUCGCCAAUUGGACGAUUUUAUUAUUAA